AUGUCUUCCUGCUUUGGAUCAAGAAAGAAGUCUGGACGAAAUGGCGACAGAGAGCCGUUGCUUCCUCAAUAUGAGGACGACACUACACUUCAACGAGCCGCCCAUCAGAAGAUGCACACCUACCAAAUGCUCCGUGCUCUUUCGAAAGGAUUCAUGCCAUCAACUGAGCAGGCCAUUGUCAAUUUGAGAACACUACUGGCAUCGGACGUCCUCAACCCUGAGACUGUAGGCUUGAGUGAUAGCGGAAGAAAAUUGACAAAACACUCAAAGCAAUGGCUGAAGGAGUUUAUUGACCUACUGGGCAACAAAAACGAUGGGGAUCAGAUUCAGGACUUCAUUUGGUUUUUGCUUCACUCACGGGUUUACGUUGAUGUCGACGAUCUGGUGAAAACUGCAACUUCAACAAGAGCAAAAGCAGACGCUUCAGCUGCAUAUGAAAGCUUCAAGACUGUGGGAAGUCUUUUGUUGACCAAUUCCGAUUUCAGAAUAUUCCUCUCGGAUCUGAAUACAAUUGGACGACAAGUAUUUGCUGAUACAGCUAACACUGUAUCGAAUGUCGCGGAAGAGGCUGCCAAGCAAAUUGAGCCUUCGACCGAAGAGUCAGAGACGAUCAAGAAUCCGGGUAGCGAAGAGGGUCCAGCCCCAACAGCUGAGGAUCUUGGAGCUGAAGCUGCCGAAGUGACCAAUGUUGUUGCAAACGGCAUCAAGAAAACUGGCAAAGAGGCGGGAGCAAGUUUGAAAGAGAACUUGACAGGUGACCAGCGUGAGACUUUGAUCUAUCGUCUCAAGGCUGCAGUAACCAAGCUCCGAAAGCGAAAUGAUUAUUCCGAUUCGGUAUCCACUAUUGGCCUUCUCAUCAAGAGAUACGCCAAAGUCUAUUCUAGAGCUGUGGACAACACUCUCGAAACUGUUCAGGAUGAUGUCGAGACCAACGAGGAGCUUGAUCGAGCGAUCAAGAAUGGAUGGUCUCUCGUCAGCUCUUUUGGAGACAAAGAAGCUUGGAAAGAGCUGGAGAAGCGUGUAAACAAGCUCAUGGAGCACUCGCAAAAAGAUCCAGACUUCGAGAACCUCAUGGAGGAGCUCGCAGCGUCGAUCCAGAAGAUGCUCACAGAUCCUGACUUUUUCGAGUCUGCAGGCAACAAGAUUGAAGAGUUGAAAGAAAAAUCCAAGGACGUCGGCACUGACUCUCCUCUUCGCAAAGAUAUUGAUGCUGUGCUCCAACAAUCUCGGAAGACAUUUGAUUCUGUCAUAAAUGACCAAGAUGUGUCAAAACUCCUCCAGACCACUCUACGCAUCUGGAACAUCCUUUCGCCCGCCAACAGCGUCGCCAACCCAGACCUGUUCACCGACGCGCACACCAUUUUCAUCCCACUCCUGAUUCAAGCAAUUCAGUUCAUUCCAAUUCCCCGUCUUGAGAUAUCAGUUCCCGAAAUCGACCUCCUACUCGAAAAUCUCAUCCUCGAACCAGGACGCACCAUCAACAACACUUCUUUCCUUCCCUUCCGUCUAAAGAUCGAGACAUAUAACGAUCUCUCCAUCCGCAAAGCUCGCUUCCGCACCGUCAGCUCGGUCAAAUCCCUUGUCACUAUCAAGGCCCAAGGUCUGUCCAUCCGCGCCGACGAAGUCGGUUUCUGGCUUCGCGCGCACAAAGGCCUGAUCCGCCUCGCUGACCAAGGAAUUGCCUCAUUCGAGCUCGACGACCGAGGAAUCGACAUUGAACUCGAUGUCGAGAUAGGCAAGGAACGCCUCGAGAAGAUCUUGACUCUCAAGAACGUCAGAGUCAAGAUCCACCAUCUCAGCUAUACUUUGAGGAAGAGCAAGCUCGCUUGCCUCGCUUGGCUCUUCAAGCCUCUCCUUCGCCCUAUUAUCCGCAAGGUCAUCGAAAGACAACUCUCUACAGCCAUUGCGGAUUUCUUCCAUGCUGCCAAUCGUGAGCUACUGUUCGCGAGGGAACGUCUUCGCGCAACGAGAAUCUCGGAUCCUCAAGAUCUCAGGACGUUCAUCAAGGCUAUUGUUACUCGCUUGACGCCAGAGGAGGAUCCGGAUUUGUACACGAAUGUUGGUAUUAGAGGUGCAGCUGGUGAGAGAGGUAAUAUCUUUGCUGGGGUUUAUGCGCCUGGUAGUGUUGUUAAGCUUUGGGAUGAGGAGGCCGCGAGAGCCGGAGAAGUUGUUGAGGAGAAUGCCAACCAGGGAUGGAGAAACGAAAUUUUCGAUGUCCAGGCUAGGUCAUUGUUCUAA